AUGAGUAAGCCACGACCGCGUUCAUUUACUGCAAUUCCGUCCGAAGAAUAUUCAAAUAAAAGCUCUACAAUCGCGUCAGCAAAAGGAUUGCUGACUGAACAACAAGUUAAUAAGGCAAUAAGUAAAAACUUUUCGUAUCGGCGGCUCACUGCCCAACUAGCAAAUAUUCGACCGGUCAACUCACGCACAAAUCAACUGAAGUCUACGCCAUUUACCUCACGUUUUAUAAACGUUCAUGCGGCUAAAUACUUUCACGAAGAACAAGAUUUUAUAAACGCGCCUUUAAAUUCCAGAGUUCAUCAGCUGUCUACACCGCGUGACAAUAAUGAUCGAGAAUUAAAAAUUGGGUCACUGCCUUUAAAAAUUCAAGAGUAUUCUAUUAUAGAAGACUUAUUAUUUGUAAUGAUGGGAAUUGAGGGCAAAUAUAUUGAAGCGAAUAAUUUAUCUGAGGAUCUUACUGAUGAUGAACAAUUGGAUGAAGUUACUUAUUUGGUGGAUGCAUCUUUAGAUCCGUCGUUAAAAGACUUGACCGAGCGUAUCUUACCCCUCGCAACUUAUUAUACUUCUAUCAAUGCUUUCAUUGAGAUGCAUUCAAAGUUCGAGUAUGGUUUUGUAAAUCACGCUUUAUGUGCUGCAAUGAGAGAAUUAUUAAAGGAAUAUCUCAUAUUAAUCACUCAACUCGAGCAUCAGUUUUGUUCUUCCUCAUCAUUUACUCUUCAAAAAUUCUGGUUUCACGUACAUCCAACAUUGCAUACAAUGUCGAAUUUGUAUUCACUAAUCAUGGAUAUUCGAAGUGUGGCACAACAUGCGAUGGAGUUGGAUACUGAUAUACUAAUCAUAGAUGGUUUUCAUCGAAAUAAUAAUAUACCCCAACGGAUUAAAGGUGGUGGUUUAUUGAGUAUCUUGAUUGAACAAAUGACUAAUUUGAGCGGAGAUCUAGCAACUAAAAAGCUUUACAUGUAUCUACUUUCAAAAUCAUCACAACCGUACGUCACAAUGUUACAUUCAUGGAUACAUAAUGGUGAAAUUCGUGAUCCAUAUGAAGAAUUUAUGAUACAAGAACGAAAAGGCGUCAAGAAAGAAGAUCUUAAAGAGGAUUUCAAUGAUGUUUAUUGGGAAAUGCGAUAUACUAUUAAAGAAGAUGUUGUUCCUCCAUUUUUAAUCCCAUUUAGAAAUAAAAUACUGUUAGCUGGCAAAUACCUCAAUGUUAUCCGUGAAUGUGGAAUUACAAUACAGGAACCAGAGCAACAAUUAAUAGACGAUUUAGUUGAUAAAGAUAGUGUGGAUAAAACUGAUGUUAAUUUUAGUAAUGAUCUUUUGGCUGCUAUGGAUGAUAGUAUCGAGAACGCAUAUAAAUGCGCAAAUAGAAAAUUAUUGGAUUUGUUAUUAAAAGAUCUACAACUUAUAGCUCGUCUUCGAUCGAUAAAACAUUAUUUUUUCCUUGAUCAAUCAGAUUUUUUUACACAUUUUCUCGAUCUUGCAUCAGCGGAAUUAAAAAAACCAUCCAGUCAAGUCUCUCUUACAAAACUUCAAUCUCUACUUGAUUUAGUUCUUCGUAAUCCUUCUUCCGUUGCAUAUACUGAUCCAUUUAAAGAAGAUGUUAAAGUGGAAAUGAGUACUGUUCGUUUAGUAGACCAAUUACUACGUAUAAUAAACGUAGAAACAGGUCCAGUUACUCGAACUAAUAGUAUGACUGAAAUUUUUGGAGCUCGGAAAGAUAUUGGUAGGAUGGGGGAUGAAAGUGAAAUUGAAGGUUCUGAAGUAGGCUCCGUAAUUGGUGACGAGAGAUUUGGUUUUGCAGGAGGUGUAGUAUGGAAUGUAGGAAGUAGCAAGCAACCGUUAAUGGGAAUUGAUGCACUUACUUUGGAUUAUACUGUGACUUUUCCGCUAUCUCUUGUAAUUUCUCGUAAAGCUCUUACCAAAUAUCAACUAUUAUUUAGACAUUUACUUCAUCUUAAAUAUGUCGAACAAUUAUUGUGCAGCACCUGGAUUGAACAUUCAAAGUCAUUUUAUUGGCGGCAUGGUUCAGGUCAUCCGACCAUUGAAGCAUGGAAAAGUCGUGUUUUUGCUCUUCGUCAAAGGAUGUUGGUUUUUAUACAACAAUUUGCAUAUUACAUCACUAAUGAAGUACUAGAACCUCAAUGGAGAAAUUUGGAGGCUAAUCUAGCAAAGGUAUCUACAGUUGAUCAAGUAUUACAAUAUCAUUCGGAUUUUCUUGAUACUUGUCUUAAGGAAUGCAUGCUAACGAAUGCAAAAUUAUUAAGAACUUAUUCAAAGUUGGCUUCUGCAUGUGUUCUUUUUUCCAACAAUACCGAAAAAUUUAUGAAAUCUAUCACUAUACUCGAGUCACAAGUUGAAUCUGCAUCAGAUCCCUUACAAAUAGACUCACAAGAUCGCACUUUACAACUAUUCGAAAAAUUUGAAGAUUAUUUUCUUUAUCAUAUUAAGUUACUAAUUGAUUGUUUAAAUUUUUAUUCUGCAACUGAAACAGUUCAAUUUUUAUGCUUAGUCGUAAG